AUGUCUACCCCAACCCUCAAAUGGGGCAUAAUCGGCACCGGUCUGAUCUCAUCCUGGUUUGUAGGAGACUUGGUCCUUCCCCGCGAAGACAAGCAAGCAAACCACAUCAUCCAAGCUAUUGGAUCUUCAUCCAAGCAAAAGGCCGAAGACUUCAUACAGAAGUUCGCACCAGAAACUACCGCCACUGCCUACGGCGCGUACGAAUCAGUAUAUUCUGAUCCUGAAGUGGAUAUUGUCUAUAUCGGAACUCCACAUGCUUUCCACAAGCAGGCCUGCUUGGCUGCUAUUGCACAGGGGAAGCAUGUGUUGUGUGAAAAGCCAUUUACUUUGAAUCGCGAUGAGGCCGUUGAGGUAUUUGAUGCUGCUCGGAAACAGGGUGUUUUCAUUAUGGAAGCGCUUUGGACACGAUUUAUGCCUUUGUCUCGACAGCUUCAGAAGUUGAUUCACGAGGAGAGAAUUAUCGGAGAUGUUCAUCGAGUAUUUUGUGACUUUGGAUUAUACUUUGAUCUUGAUAAUCUGCCAGAUUCCUCCCGUUUGAAGAAUCCAGCUUUGGGUGCUGGGUCUCUCCGCGAUAUUGGUAUUUAUUCCCUCACAUGGGGAUUGAUACUUUUGGACGACGGAAUUGGAGAGAACGCCACAGAGCCACUUGUAUUCUCCGCUCAAUCAAUCAGCGAAGAGAUCGACGUUGCAACAUCCAUGAUCCUACAUUAUCCCCAGAAUGGGCGUCAAGGAAUCCUGACAUCCAGCAUACAAACCCGAACAGAUCCCAUUUUCGCCAGAAUCGAGGGAUCAAAGGGCUCUAUCACAAUUGAAGGCGUUGCCGCUUCUGCUCCGAGCAAGUUUACAGUGAUUCCACGGGAAGAUGAUGCCGAGCGGAAAGAAUACACCUUUUCACAUCCUGGAUAUGGGUUCUACUAUGAAGCAGAUGCGGUGGCUCAUGAUAUUGCUGCUGGAAAGACUGAGGAUGCUAUUAUGCCUUGGGCUGAGACUCUGAGAGUGCUGGGGCUGAUGGAUGGAGUGCGAGCGAGGCGGUAG